AUGUGUGCGGAGCUGUCCCUCAUAGAGUGCGUACAAGCACCGAAGCCGCCACUAGUGGAGAUGUUUACGGAGUUGUGCGAUAUCUCUGUUCCAGAGGAACAGCUGGUGACGAACUUCACCAUCAUCUCCUCGCUCGCGCAGAAGCACGCAGUCAGCUGUUUCAACAUAGUCCCGACGAAGCAGCAAGCCUAUGCAGAGGUGUUGGGAAAGGACUGGCCGGAACGGCAAUGUGUCUUGGAAGAGGCGUCUCGCAGCAAGCUUCAGCAACUUGCCGUAAAUGCAUAUCAGUCAGCUGCUGGGGGCCUCCUCAGAAGUGCUCACGGCAGAUUGCUAGAGCAGGAAAAAACAAACCAAGCCCUGCGCGUGGACAAGGGCCAGGUGGAUGCUGAAAACGAGCAGAAGCAUACCCAGCUAAAGGAGGCUUUGCAGAAGAUAGAGUCGACGCUCACGACCUUGUCUGACUUCCUGAGCCAGCCAAUGCCAACCACUGUGGAAGAAGAGGAGCCCAAUGUGUCACGCGUCGGAGCUGGUGAGAAUGCCAAGGAAGAAGCGCCGGAAGAAGAAGAGGUCUUAAUCUUCGAGGAUUCAGAACAGCGAAAAUUCUACGAAGACGUGGUCGACUUGAAGGAUAUCAUCCCCGCAGUGUUGCUGACCUCUGGCAAGGCAGCUCAGGAUACUGGGGGCGAUGACAAGGAAACCAAGCAGGAGAGACCGCCAGAAGAAAAAGAAAAGAAGGAUCUGUCAGCAGCUUCAGACUUUGACCUGUACCUCAUGCGUGUUUCCAAAGCCGAAUCAGCAAAGCAGGUGGAUGACAUCGUGAUUGAAUUCUUCCAUGACUUUAACACGAAGUCGAAUCGACAGCGCCUGGCAGCACACUUCUACAAUGCGCACAGGACAAAGCAGCUGCACUUGCUUGCUCCUUACGCCCGGAUGGCCGCCAUGAUGGGGCAGUACGUCAAGGACAUACCUCAGCAGCUGAUGUCUUGGCUUCAGCACGACCUCGAGCAGGUCAUAGGGGAUGCGAAUCAGAAUUUGCUGGAGCAGAAGGUCAAAGUCGUCAAGUAUUUGUGCGAGCUGUGCAAGUUCAAGAUAUGUCCUCCGGGCGUUGUGCUCGAUGUCUUCAAGACCCUUUGUGACGAUUUCAACCAGCAGAAUGCUGAAUUGUGCGCUAACCUGCUGCAGUCCUGUGGCCGGUACCUGUUGUACAAGCCUGAGACAGCCAUGAGAACAGACAACUUGCUGGAGCGCAUGGCUCGCCUCGCAAAGGCGAAGUCUUUGCCACUCAGGUUGGAGAUCAUGCUAGAAGAUGCUUUCUACCAGGUCAAGCCGCCGGAAGGCAAACGAAAGCAGAAGAAAGAGAAGGACCCCUUGGAGCAGUUUGUAGAGCAUCUGAUCUUCGACCGCCUCUACAAAGAGGAGGACGAGGAUCAACUGCUCAAGCUUGCGCGCAAGCUACCAUGGGAUGGUCCAGCUGUGGGAUGGCUGAAGAAAUGUUUGCUGGACUUAAACCAUCACGCCAACUACGAGAAUUUGUCUUGUGUGGCCUCUCUUUUGAGUGGCCUGGCCAAGUACCGCGAUGCCUUCGUGAUAGAUGUAAUCGAUUCCCUCUUGGAAAACAUCCAGGUGACCUUGGAGAGGAAUGACUUUCGAGAGAUGCCCUUAAGAGUUCGACAAGUGAAGCUCGUGGGUGAGCUGUACAACUACAGAUUGGUCGAUUCUGUCCUGGUUUUUGACUGCUUGUACCAGUUCAUCGGUUUCGGGGGGCCGACAUCGCAUCGAGCUGGACAGUUCAUCACUGCACACAAGCUGGUGGAGAAGGGCUUGGUGAUGAGGAAGGGUGGUCUCGGAAGCAUCUCCGAAGAAGCGGAGGACAAUGAAGAUGGCGGACAGCUCCCAGAGAUACUUGCAGAUCCACAGCAUCCUCUCGAGGCCCCCUGGGACUUCUUCAGGAUUAAAUUGGUCUGUGUUCUGCUUGAGACCUGUGGGCAUUACUUCGACCGCGGGGCUUCCAAGCAGAAGCUCGAUCGCUUCUUGACCUUCUUCAUACGCUAUGUCCACAGCAAGGGCGAGCUGCCGCAGCGCUUCAUGAACAUGGUCUACGACACCUUGGAGAGGCUUAGGCCCAAGCUGACGUAUCCAGAACUAAAGGCAGAUGCGAACGAGGCAGUGAUGCGACAACUUGACAAGGAGAAGGACGAUGUCGUUGUUGGAGGUGGAAAUGCAGACGAUCAGGAUGAUGAUGAGGAUGAGGAGGAUGAGAGCUCAGAUGAGGACGAAAGCGAAUCUGACGAUGGUGAGGAAUCGUCAGAAGAGGAGUCUGAAGAGGAAGAUGACAGCGAGUCUGAUGAUGACGAAGCUGAGUACGACCGAGGAGAUCAUGAACAGCAGCAUGCUGCCGAGGAUGACUUCGACAAGGAGGUUCAGCAGAUGCUCAUCGAAUCCUUAGAGAAGGAGAGGAAUGCCCCUCGCGUACUGUCUGAGCUGCCGCCUCCGACGGUCAUUGCAAGAAAAACCGAGCAGCUUGCAGAGUCGCCACUUGGCCAGUUCAGCCUCUUGCAGAAGAAGACAGGUGGCAAAAUCUUGGCGAAGCAGCUGAGCAUCCCAGAUGAUUCGAAAUUACUGAGAGCACGGCAAGAGACUGUGGAAGAAGCUUCGCGUGAGCGUGAAGAUCUCAAGAGGUUUGUCAUGCAGUACGAGGAGACUGGAUCAGGUGACGCCUCAGGUUCCGUUAUCCCAAUUACGGUACGCACAAGGGCCGGGAAGGGUGGCCGCAAAGGAGGCUCACGGCAGCGUGAUGGCGACUACCUCAAGGAAGAGCUGACUCCUGAAGAGUCCCGGGCAGAGCCAUCCGGCACAAUGAUGGGAGGGGGAAUCCUUGUCCGCUACGCCAGCAAGGGCAAAGGGAAGGCCGUUUCUUCGCUUGCAGUGUCGUCAGCUAAGAGCUAUGAUAGAAUCUAUGAGUGUUCAGGCAAGCAGCCUGUGCCUCGGUUCCUGGAAUGUGCUUAG